UUCAAAGGUCGACGGCACAAAGGCAGUAGAGUAUCGCUUGAAGGCGAGCCGGAAAGCAAGUGGAUGGUCGUGAACAUGGGAGACAUCCAGAUCCAUUUGAUGGAGGAGAACCUUCGGAGAAGAUACGAAUUAGAGAAGUUGUGGACUUUGGGCCGAGACGACGAACAGUUGAGGAUUAUGGGAGACAACACAGCCAUCAUGAAAGACCCAGGACACUAG